GAUUAGACAUUGCCCCUGCCUGGUGCCCUGGGGGAGGAGCCACAAAGAUCAGAAUAAAUGUUUGGAUUUGGAUUACUCCCCAUGUUUCAUCCCCUUCUGUACAGCACAACAUGACAUCAAGUACAGGCUUGGUGGAAAUGGAAUUCGGGACAAAGAAAUUUACAUUUAAUCCUAAAGAGGGAAUUGACAAUCCACUGAUGGUCAUCACAGAAGAGUCGACACCAAGACCACAUCUCUGUGUUCUUAAAAAGGAGAAAGGGGAGACCUAUGGAUUUCACCUGAGAGUAGAAUGGGUGAAACAAGGUCACAUUAUCAGAAAUGUGGUGUCUGGAGGGGUUGCAGGGCGUUGUGGACUUGAAGAUGGAGACAGGCUUCUCGAGGUCAACAACGUCUAUGUAGUGGAUGCUUCUCACCAGGAGGUGGCCAGGAGAAUAAAGCAAAGUGGACAGCACCUAUGCUUAUUGGUUCUUGAUGGGGAGGCAUUUGACAAAGCAGUCGCCAAGAAGCAGGACCUUCGGGAUCUUGUCAAAGCAUAUAAGAGCGAAAACUUGAAACCACCAAGACUAUGUCACAUUACCAGAGAUCCUAUCUUGGGUCUGGGUAUUAACUUCACACCUAUUGGAGCUGAAAAGGGUUGCUUCGCUGUCAACCUGGUACAAGGAGGAGCAGCUGAAAAGGCCGGUGUACGUAAAGGGGAUCGGCUGGUGUGGAUGAAUGGAGCCGUGGUUUCCGAUCUCACACACUCUGCACUCAGCAGGAUGAUGAAAAAAUGCUGCAAAUACAUCACCAUCCUGGUGAUUGACAGCGAGAGUGAGAAGAAAUACACUCAACUAAGGAUGCCUAUACUCCCUACUAUGGCAGUCCCACAAAACCUGCCCUAUAGAUCAAGAAAAAUAGAUCUGGAUUUGGCACCCGAGGGCUAUGGUUUCCACCUUUGCUUUGAGAAGGCACCAUCAGGACGUACAGCUCAUGUGCUGCGGAACGUGGACACUGGCAGUCCUGCAGAGAGGGCUGGGGUGCGGGAUGGCGAUGUCCUGCUGGAGGUCAAUGGAGAGUCUGUGGAGUUGCUGGACCAUGAUGAGAUUGUGAGAAGAGUGAGAGAGAAUGACCAACAUGUCUCACUUACCACAAUUAUUCCACAGGGCCACGAGUUUUACACACAGUUAGGUCUGUCACCUCUCCUCUUCUGUGAGGAUGAUGCCGUUAAGAUGGAAAGCUGCGAACGAAUCUGUGCAACACAACAUUGUCGACAAAAUGAUAGUGUAUGUUCAUCCAAGUCCAGACUGUGUUUUCUUCAAAAAGGCCCCUUGGGGUUCGGCUUCAACCUUGGCUGUAUGCCACAGUGUCCUGGAACCUUCAUCAGUGAAGUAGCCCCAGGAAGUCCGGGGAAGAACGCAGGACUAACAAUGGGUGAUAUAGUGAUCGAAGUUAAUGGGCAAAAUGUGGAGGAUAAAUCCCUGGAAGAUGUGAUAAUGCUUAUAAAGGAAGGUGGACCAUGUCUUUCCUUACUUGUUAAGGAUAAGGAGGACUACGACAACUUGAGAAAGACUGACUUACUUGAUAUCAGCAACAAUGAGGGUGAAGAAACAGAGGUUUCACGCUUGUGAAAUGACUCAAAUUGCCAUGGCAACACUCCAUGCUGUACUCCUGAUGGCACUUCAAACUGUACCUUCACUCCACAAUUUCAAUGGUGUUAAAAUGACCAGGAUCAUCCAAUUGAAGGGUUGCCAUCCAAUGCACAUAAAAUACAGAAAACAUUCAAAUAUUUUGUCAAUUGUACCAUGUUAGUGAUUUAAACUGGAUUUAAUUCUGUUUGGAUUAAAGUACCAUCAACUUUCGAACUUGUGUUCAUCAUCUACAGAGUUAAUAGAAUAAGUAUAUCCAUAAAUACCACUGUACAUACACUUCACAAGACAUCAAUAUCAAAAGUAAAAGAAAGAAAUGUCUGAUUAUCUGUACAACUGCAAUUAAAAAUGGAUUUAUGAAAUCAA